AUGUCUAAUGCUAGGGAUACGAAGCAGAGCGCGUCUCUAAACGCCGGGGCCUUCAAAAGGGUGCUUAUCCUCACAACAGUCUGGAUCACAACAAACAGAUAUUUCCGCCGAUACAUCUGUAAAUCGCCACAAAGCCUGGUUUCAAAGUUUGGUCUCUACAUCAAGGUGAAGCCCUACGCGAGUCUGGGCGAGGCGCACGCUCUGCAGUUCAUACACCGACAAACCUCGAUCCCGGUUCCCCGAGUCUCUUGCGCGUUUAUUCACCGGGGGAAAACCUACAUCGUGAUGACGAGGAUCGACGGAAACAUGGCUUGCAUGGGCUGGGUACAGCGAUCGGAGGCGUCCAAAAAGCAGAUUCUCGACCAGUUGAAGGAUAUCGUCUGCCAGUUGCGCGGUAUCCCAUCGCCAUCUGGAGGAGCGGGAGUCUCUAAUGUCGAUGGAGGGCCUAUAUGGGACUGCCGGUUGCCGUCAAAGGAAUUUUGGGGGCCGUUUGCUGCAGCCAAGGACUUCCACGGAGAACUCGUUCAACCUUUAUCCCUGGAAGCUGACGGUGGAGGCCACUUUGCAGAUAUAAAUGAGUUGUUGGACUUCUACCGCCAUUGGGAUGACAGCUUGGUGUUUGCUCAUGGAGACCUCAGCAGCCUGAACGUGUUGGUCCGGGGCGACGAUGUGGUGGGCGUCAUCGACUGGGAGACCGCGGGAUGGCUGCCCUCAUAUUGGGAGUAUUCUUCUGCGUGGCAUGUGAACCCUCAAAAUCAGUUUUGGCAGCAGGAGGUCGAUAAGUUCGUGGCACCUAUGCCACAUGAGCUCAGGAUGGAUCAGAUUCGUCGCAAAUACUUUGGCGACUUUUGA